CUUAGGGGAGGCAUGUCAGUGGAAAAUCCUAAGUCUUGCCAACUCAUGCUGGCGUCUGAUCUCAUUCCUGCCAAGAAGUCCAAACACAAUGACUUUCCAGCACAGUUGCCCUCAGGAGACAAAGACAAGCAACCUGACUGGCUACGGUCCCUGUCUGCAUCAGCCAAUAAGCCCAGGCAGAGACCCUCUGCAUUCAGGCCAUGGUCUCCGAACAUCUCUGUAAAUGACAAGGAGGGAGCUAGCAGACAUGCGAACAUGUUACGUGACAGCUUCUACAACUACAAAAGUCUGGAGAGUGCCGUGGCCCCCAAUGUAGCUCUGACACCUCUCCAGAAAAUGGGACAGGCAUCUCCUUCUGCCCCCAGCACCUCACACCCAAAAGGGGCAGAAAGCGAAGGUGCCAGCCAUGGGAGGAAGAGGAAGCUGACUGGAGAGACGAACCCUAGCCCACAGCAAUGUCCCUCGUCCACAGCCAGCAAGCCCUUGCAGCUCCCUCAGGAGGAGCGGGAAUCGGAUGUGGAGGUGGAAGUGGACAGCCGUGAAGAAUUAACAUCAUCAUUUUCCUCCCUCUCCUCCCCAUCUUUUACAUCCUCGAGCUCUGCUAAAGACUUGAGCUCUCCCUCUGGCCCUGGUGCCCCCAUAUCAGCAAUGCUGACGCCAGCCAGUGGGGCCCCUGAAGUCCCACUGGUGUCUGGUGGGGAGGGACACGCCAUGAUGAACCUGGAGUCAGAGCUGGAGAUGCUAAGACAGGCACUGGACAGCGGCCUGGACUCAAAAGAGUCAAAGGAGAAGUUUCUGCAUGAGGUAGUGAAGAUGAGGGUUAAACAGGAAGAGAAGCUCGGAUCCACCCUGCAGGCCAAACGGAGCCUCCAGCAGGAGCUGGAGUUUUUACGUGUUGCUAAGAAAGAGAAGCUACGUGAGGCGACCGAGGCAAAGAGAAACCUGCGGAAGGAGAUUGAACGUCUGCGUGCCGAAUGCGAGAGGAAGAUGAGGGAGGCCAACGAGUCACGUAUACGGCUGAAGAGAGAAGUUGAGCUGGCCAGACAGCUGCGAGUGUGCGACAAGGGCUGUGAAGCUGGCCGCCUGCGAGCCAAGUACUCCGCUCAGAUUGAGGACCUGCAGGUUAAGCUGCAGCAUGCAGAAACCGACCGAGAGCAGCUGAGAGCCGAUCUGAUGCAGGAACGGGAUGCACGGGAGCACCUGGAAAGAGUGGUAAAGGAGCUACAGGUACAACUCUGGCCUAAAAGCUCCGGCAAGAAUGGCACAGAAUCAGCACUCCCACCUGCCAAAGACUCCAACAAAUAACCUUGUCUUUAUGUCUUGACCCCACCCAAUCCACAUCAACACCACCCUGAUCGACAGCACCUACCGCCCAAUCACGUCAACCAGCAUGCGGGUGAGCACCACCCAUCUGCUCCAAGCCAGCACAAAAUUGGAGCCAAUCGGAGGUAUCCUGAACUUAACACAUAAAAAAUGUGUUGCAUUAAGAGCACUGAAAUGCAUCUUGACUCCAAUCGAAAAUAACAAGGAUAAAAUGCAAAAAGUCGAUUAGGAAAGGAAGAAUCCAAUAGCACAAAUGCUAACUGUGCCUAAAACUGAAUAUGUUUUAAAGCAAAGACUUUUCUAUGACAGUUCCAUAAAUUGGUGAUAGCGAUUAAAAAUUUUACAGAGCAAUUUUUAAGAUACCUUUAAAGGAUGCUGUCUGCCCUAUAUUGUUGUCUGAGAGAAAAGGACUUGUCAUCCCAUCUGAAAUUCCUGUUUCCUUUUGUCCCCUCACUCACCUUGGGGAAGUACAAUAAAGAAAAUUAACUUUGUAAUAAGCUAUUUAAGAGACUUCAUAGUGAGUGUGUAUGAAACUUAACAAAACCUUUCUUCUGCAAACUAUCAGAGCCUCAAAUUUCUCUUCUUUUACAAGUCAAGAAAAAGAAAAAGAAUUCUAUCUUAUGUCAUGCUGGUUAAAGAAGCCAUUGUUUGAUAUGGAGACAAAUAGUUACACAAAACCACACACUUAUAUAUGUAAGAGAAAUACUGGGUAGGAGAAUGCUGAAGGGCCAAGGAGUAAUUUCUCGGGGAGAGAUAUUUUUUAUUAAAGUAAGUGUUAUGAUCAAGCCAUGAGCACUUUCUUUAAAUGGCAAAAAAUUCUCCCCCUCACAAGAUAUAGUGUGUGUGUGUACACAAGACAAGACAGAUACACCACACACAUUAACACACGUGCACACCCAAACAUAAACACAUGCUUGAUGUUACUGUUUGUGUGCGUUGUGGGUCAUUUAAUGAGUUUGGUGUCUGUGUGGCAUUGGCGGUUUGUGGCUCUGUAAGGGUUGUGAGGGUUUGGGUUUGUUCUUGCUAUGACCACAGCUCAAACACUUACAAACACACUCAUACAGUGCUUAUCUGUGGGCUUAUGUGAUGAGAAUUGGCCCGGCUCACGAUCAUGGAUAAAAUAAAGGCAAAAAAAAAACUAAUAAUAAUGAUAUAUAUAUAUAUAUAUAUAUAUAUAUAUAUAUAUAUAUAUAUAUAUAUAUAUAUAUAUAUAUAUAUACACACACUGUCUAUGGCUUCUAGGGCAGGAGGUGUCAUGUGAUCAAGAACUACAAAUAGUUCUUUUAAGUAAAUUAUAAUAUGUAAAUAUGGAAAUGUUUCUCUUUUCUUUUGUUUUGUUUUCACUUUGUUUUUUACUUUACAAUAAUGAAUCGCACUUUGUCAUUACAAAAUACUGUCUAAACGCAUUAUGCUCCCACACUCUCCCACGCAUUUAUCUCAGAGAGUUUAGUAUUCCUAAGUAUAAAGUUGGAAUAAACAUUUUUAUGAAUUAUAUGCAGUUUUAAUAAAUGCAAUGUAAUCAUGUGUUUAAGAUAAACUAUUGUAAAUAAAUAAACCCGCAAGAAUUGAAAAAGGAUCUACAUGCUUGCUUGCUCAGAUGUGGACAGCACACACAGAACUGUCCCCUUAAUCCGACUUUAACUAAAAAUGUAUCAUAGCUAACGAAAUAUGAUUAUAAUCAUUGCUAAAGUGUUAUUGUUACUCUUCUAGAUACCUACGUGUUUUGAACGGUUCAGAAUCAAAUAUAAAAUCGUUCGGAACGAAUAGGAAUCAGACACAUGUAUGUCCAGCAUGGGUAAAGGGAUUUUAAAUAACAAUGCAGGUGCUCCACUUGGCUAAAAUAUGUUUGCUGUGAGCAAGAGCGUAUUACUGUGUACAAACCAGAAAAGAAUGGAUGAAUGAAAGUUUAGAUGGUUUAAUAAUGCAUCUUUAAAUGCUCUCAAACAUAGCAGAAAUAGAUUUUGUUGAAAAUACAUAUAUUUUAUAAGUGAUUUAUAUACAUUGGGUACAAUGCAAUCAGAAUGUAUGUAACGUUUUGGCUCUUUUCAUUUUGUUGUUCUUGUUGAUGUUAUAACAGAUGUUUUUUUCAGAUUGUGUGAAUAUUUUAUUGCUUGUCUUAUGUUCCUUCUUUCAAUAGCAAGCUUAUGUAAUUUCUUUCAUAUGCAUGGAAUUUAAAGAAAAAGAUAAAGUCUGCCAUUCAUAUAUUCAUUACUGGGCAUUAAAACUGUAUAUGUAAUUUUUUGUGUAAUGCAAUAUACAGCGAUUUUAAUCUUCUUUUUUUUAUUAAUUACAAAGGAAAGCAAAACCCUCUCAACAAUAAAUUUCACGAUAACAGCUCUUAACAAUCACACAUGCAAACAUACACUCAUGAACGCCAUUACUCUUGGGCUAAAUAUAGAACUUAUGUGCAUAUGCAAUGCUGGAGACCCUCAAGUGCCUGUCUUUGGCCCCUUGGGGUUCCAGAAGAGGAACAAUGGUUCAGACAGCAGUGAGCUGACAAGAGCGGGACGUCCCAUUUGCACUCUCAUGUGGGGUGCACUCUGGUGCAUUUUUUGUGCUUUUUGGCUCACCCCAUUUUGCCAGAAUGAACUUGAGAAUGAACUAUCAUUGCUUAAGAGCAAGCUGCAACUUAUUUGAUAGGUUUUAAUGGCAUUUUGUCAGUAUUCCUUUAAUGUUUUCUUCAAAAAUUAAUAAAUAAAAGAGAAAUGCAUAGCAAAAUGUAAUGCUCCAAUUGCCACUGGUACAGAAUUUAAAUCUUAUACUAAGAUAGCUUUUAAAUGUACAACAGAAUAAAUACACUCUUUUCUUUCUCUGUUUUUAAGGAAUAAACAGAAUAUAUUUAAGAGGUUACUUUUGUUAUAGAUGUAAAAAGAGCCUUUGAAAUGAUGUGAUAUCCUGACCUGUUCAAUGCAGGAUAUGGCAAAGAUAUUAAACAGUGGUCUAAAAAAGACACUCAGUGUGUUAAACAACAGUAGCAAGAGACUGCAUUUUUUUCAGACCAAAAAAAAAAUGAAUAAAAAAACACAUAAAAACGAAUUCUUUCAGAUGAGGUUGUUUUGUAGUUUGUUUUAAAUGCAAAUUGAAAUGUGUCAUUUACAUUGUUCAUGGUUUUCUAUGAAAAAGGGAGACAUUGAUCAGAAAGGCUCCUUUCUUACAUAUAAUACUAAAAAUGUGGAUUUCUUUUUCUAAAACUGCCAUUUUUGCUAACAAAUAAUGCUACAACACAGCAAUAAUGACAUAACAUCACUUAUUAAUGAACAGGAUUAGCCAGUCGGACGAUAAAAUUACAAACUCAUCUAUGUAAAUUGCUGUUUACAUUUUACAAAAAAUUUAUCAUAAAUGUAUAUUGUGUUUGUUUUUUGUUUUUGUUUUCAGAAUGAGAAAAACCUUACAUGAUAGUUGUUAUAUUUUAGUUGUGUUUUUAAAAAGAAUUUCAAAGGUUGUAAUCCCAACGCAAGCAUAGUCAGUCCUUUUUUUAUUUUUGGGCUACAAAAAAUGAUAACGAUUUUCAGUAGAAUCUUUAUGGUAAAUGCCUUUUUUUCCAGCUAUCAAUAGUUUUGUUAUGUUCAACUGAAUAUCAAAUACAUAAAUUCGGGUUGAAUCAGACAUCCACAUACUUUCGUACUUGUUUUAACAAUUUGUUUCUUUGUUUUCCAUACCGAUAUAUCUUCUUUGCCCUUCACUGCUGCUAUAACAAUAUACUAUAAACUUUGCAACUCUUGAAAUUAUUUUUAUGUAAGAGAUUAAUGUAUGCUUUCUUCUUCUACUGAUGCCGCUUAUACAGUUUGAUCUGGCCAAUAUCUCCCUCUUAGACUGGUCCCUCUCCCUUCACAUGGACUAUAAUGUAAGAUAGAGAGCUCUAUGAGAUUAGAGUUGAGAGUAGUUUGGCUUAUAUACUGCAAUGUCAGGAUGUACAGUGUAUAGACCCAUAAUCAAAAAUAAAGUUGUUUG